CGCAGUGGUUGAUCGUGCGGCUGCGCCCGGCUUGGUUCGAGUGGCUUUUCUCCAUCUGGACAAGAAUCGGGUGAAGGAUGACGAUGCAGAGAUGCGGUUGAUGCUGGUUUUUGACGAUAUCGCCAGUAACCAACUGCUGCUAGUCGCUGGAUAGUGCAGAAUCAUGAUCAUCCUUGUUUUUUGCACGACGCGCGAAUCCUCCCCGGUCGCUCUUUAGCUGCUGGUCUGGGCUGACUUGGGGCGGAGAAACCUUUCAGCCUUCAGCUUUCGUUAAUUUCCAUUUUCCAGCCUCAAUAUUUUGUUCUUCUUCUUCGUCAUCCCUCCUUUCGUUGGCUAGUUAACUGCUGGCUCUUUUGGCCCCUGUCUGUCGUUUUGCUCCUCUGAUCGCUCUCUCCCCCGCUAAUGAAUUAAUCGCAUCCAACGUCCUUCACUUCCGCUUCAUCUACGAACCCCUUAUAUGAAUUAACGAUAAUGAAUUACCAAUACCAACAACAGUACCACGAGGUGGGAACACCACAGCCCACUCAGUCUCAGUCGGAUAAUAGGAGCGUCUGGUGGCCAUGGAGGAUCUUUACGGCGGUCACAUCGAAUAUGCUGCUCUUGGGAUACCUCAUCCUCCCCGUUGCAUUCGAAGCCGAUAAGCCGAGUAUAAAACUCGACUCGAUUUCCCUCACCACCGUCGGAAUGGUUUUUAUCGCCGUCGCAUACGCGCUCUCCAUGCUACUGGGGUGUAUUCUGUACUCGGAGCCCAGCUUUCUUCUCCAAUCGCUAUAUCUCCCCUGUCUCUACUCCAGUCUCCUCGGUUUAUUCAGCGUUGUGUUCAACAUCCUCUGUCGGAAUUUAUACCCCGUCAGUAAUCUACAACUAGUGAGUAUCUGUUUAUCGGGCGCCUCGGGCUUUCUCUAUGCCCUGGCUGGGUUGUGGAUGUAUGGAAUGGGUAUCUCUGCGGCCUAUCCGACCUACACUCGCGAGACUAGGUACUCUCGGACUCGCGACGAUACGGCUCUUCUCACGGAGGAUGAGCAGCAACGGCAGCAACUGCUCAGGUUGCUGAAGCAGAAGGAAAAGAAAAAGUCGUCGAGGAUCUCGCAGAAGACCUUUCAGGUCAGUAAUCCCGAGCAUUUGAUGCCGGGCAAAGCAUGGGGCAAGGGCAGUACGCCUCCGCCGACGUAUUGUUGAUUAAAAUGAUGAAGCAGGAGGUGAAGCGAAACACUGAUCCAUCCAUAGUAAUA